AUGACUAUUUGCUACCUUGCCAACCAUAAUACGGACAAGAAGCAUGCCAUCGGCGGAAAGUGGACAAGGACUCUCUUCGAAUUGCCAUUCGGAGCCUCCUAUCUUGAUGCGCUCUUUGGCGUGGUAUCGAACAACCGUCUUGCCUUCUAG